AUGAAUAUCGAUCUCCGACUUUGCUCUGCCAUUGCGGAGGCGGUAGUCGAAGGUGCGACUGAGCAGCUUUUGAUGCUGCAGGAUGGGUCAACCCCUCGGAAGGCUCUUUCCAUCCGAAGAAGCCUUACGCCCGACGAUCAACUUUCCUCUACCCGCCUUUAUUAUCGAAAAUACUUCCGUGACCAGACUCUACGCUCCCCUAAAUCGAUAACACCAACACCUCCGUCAAGCCGAUCUCCAACACCCGAACAGAACGCACCGAAGAAAAGCGCGAAACGCGGUUCGGUUGUUGCGCAGUUAACAAGAGAAGUGAAUGACAACACAAUCAAACAAGGGAGACGGAAUAGUACUAUUAAACUAGUGAGACAAGAUGGCAUCACCAAGUCAAGGAGAUCACUUCAAAAAUAUCAUCGCCAUUCCAUGAUCACGCGCACAAGAUCGCUUUCGAUGCCGGGAUUCCGGCUUUUUGACCUGGAACACCCACCAUCGAGCGAAGAAAUAUACAGAUGA